AGUUUUCCUCUGCAACCUUAGCUGGGAAAAGGGAAUUCAAAAAAGCGAGCGGCUUCGAAUUUAGCUACUCUUCGCACUCGCUCUCACAGUAUCAGACUCCAUAAGCUCUCUGUCUCUUCUUCACGAAGCUAAAUUCUCAUCAUCAAACGAUGGACGUCCCGAAAGACUACAUGACUACUCUAUUGGAGCAUGGCUUGUUCGCUUCUGCUCAAAUGCUCGGAUGUUUUCUUGUUUCGUCGUCUUCCAUAAGUCUUGAAACAAGUCCGCACCUCAAGGCUGAGAAUUUGGUGCUCCUUGGCGAUGCUUUAUUUCGGGAGAAAGAGUACAGGAGAGCUAUUCACACAUACAAGCAAGCAUUGCACUGCCACAGAAUAAUUCCUAAGCAAAAUGCACCAGCAGUUAGAAGUUCACUAUCUGCAUCUACCAGGUCAUCAUCGCCAAAUUCUUUCAACAUUUCAACGAUUAAUGAGAAUGAGGUGAAGUUCAAAAUUGCAUCAUCGCAUUGUGCACUCAAUGAGAAUAGAGCAGCUCUUCUCGAGAUGGAAGGAAUCCCAAGCAAAGCAAGAAAUUUGCAGAUGAAUCUCAUGAUGGGAAAACUUUACCGAAAUUCAAGACAUACUCGUGCAGCUAUUACAUGCUAUAAAGAGUGUUUAAGGCAUUGUCCUUGCAUCAUUGAGGCCAUUAUUGCUUUGGCAGAAUUGGGUGUUGCAGCUAAGGAUAUUAUUUCAUUGUUUCCACAGACCCCAACUCGAGGUGCAAGGUCUACUUUUGAUCAUUUUGAUUCAAGUCGUUGGUUACAGCGUUAUGUUGAAGCCCAAUGUUGUAUUGCUUCAAAUGAUUAUAAAGGUGGUCUGGAAUUCUUUGCAGAGCUUCUGCGACGAUUUCCCAAUAACAUACAUAUUCUGCUUGAAAUGGCUAAGGUUGAAGCCAUCAUUGGAAAAACUGAAGAAGCUAUGACAGAUUUUGAGAAGGUUCGAUCCAUUGAUCCAUAUGUUAUUACUUAUAUGGACGAAUAUGCUAUGCUCUUAAAGCUGAAAUCUGAUUAUUCAAAGUUAAAUAAGUUAGCACAUGACCUACUAAACAUAGACCCUACCAGACCUGAAGUUUUUGUGGCCUUGUCUGUCUUAUGGGAAAGGAAAGAUGAGAGAGGGGCUCUAUCUUAUACUGAGAAGAGCAUCCGCAUUGAUGAGAGGCAUAUACCAGGUUAUAUAAUGAAGGGAAAUUUAUACUUGUCAAUGAAUCGACCUGAAGCUGCUGUGGUUGCCUUCAGAGGAGCUCAAGAAUUGAGACCUGAUCUUCGUUCUUAUCAAGGUUUAGUUCGCUCUUAUUUAGCGAUUUCAAAGAUUAAGGAGGCACUGCAUGCUGCAAGAGAGGCGAUGAAGGCCAUGCCACAGUCAGCAAAAGCUCUAAAGUUGGUGGGUGACGUACAUGCUAGUAACACUAGUGGGAGGGAAAAGGCGAAGAAGUUCUAUGAAUCUGCACUAAGGCUGGAACCUGGCUAUCUUGGAGCAGCGCUAGCCUUGGCAGAACUGCAUGUCAUUGAAGGUCGAAAUGGAGAUGCUGUUUCUCUCCUUGAGCGAUAUCUCAAAGAUUGGGCUGAUGACUCGUUACAUGUUAAGCUUGCCCAAGUGUUUGCUGCUACAAAUAUGCUGCAAGAUGCCUUGUCACACUAUCAGGCAGCACUGAGGAUAAAUCCCCAAAAUGAAGCUGCAAAGAAAGGAUUGGAGCGCCUGGAGAAGCAACUCAAGGGAGUAGACCCUGAUGCUCCAGAAGAAGACGAGGAGAAUGAUGUUGAUGAUGCUGAUGCAGACCAGGAAGAGGCUGAGCUUUUAUGAUGGAGAAUGGAAACAACACAUCUUAAGCUCCUCUUCUUCUUCUGCUGCAUGUACUUAUAUGAGAAUUUGAUUCAGUAGGCAGGCAUCUGAUAUAAAAGCAGCAGAAAUCCGCUUCACCAGGAGUAGAUUCUUUGUGGCCUUCCAAAUAAGGUGCUUGUUGCGGCUGCCUCUUGCUUUACCGUGCAAAUCAGACUAUCCAGCAAGAUAGGCUCCUGUACCUUCCAGAGUGUAAUAUGGCUGUCCACAUGUUGUAAUUUAUUGUAGUCUCUUUUCUUGUCAAUGUAAAUUUACCCUAUGGAAGGCUGUACCAACAUUUUUGUAGAACUUCAAAAAUUUUGAACAAAUUGAUUGAUAUAGAACUCAUCUUAUGUGAGCUUUGGAAAGCAUAUUCGCUCCCAUCCUCAAAUAAAUGAGAAAGGUUGUAUUAGGUUUACAGCAAUCGAAAGAUGAUAUUUUUGAAUAC